AGGCAGAGGUUGUGACCACGGAGCACUCCUCCGUGAUGUUGGCACGCCAGCUCUCUGGGCACAGCGCGGAAUCCGAGUCGAAGCGUCAAGCCCGGGAGCAGAAAGAGGAGGAGGAGCGGACCAAGCAGAUCAGCAAGCAGUACAAGGUGCCCAUGGGCCGGCUGCUGAGCUACAACAGGCCGGAGUGGCCCUUCUUCGUGCCCGCGGUGCUGGGCGCCCUGGUGGCCGGCGCGGCGAUGCCCAUGUGCACCGUGGCCCUGGUGGGCUCCAUGAACGCCUUCUACAAGACGGACAAGGAGGAGAUGCGUUCCGACCUGGAGUUCAUGUCGCUGCUGUUUGUCAUCAUCGGAGUGAGCUGCUUGCUGGGCUCCACCAUCUCCAAUGGCUGCUUCGCCAUCUUGGGUGAGGCCAUGACUCAGCGGCUUCGUGUGAACAUCCUCACCACCAUGUUCCGCCAGGAGGUUGGCUUCCACGACAAUCCCGAGAACACCCCGGGCAUGCUCUCCAAAGCUUUGGAGCUCUGGGCCUUCCGCGUGAGCUCUUUGUGCAAGUCCAUCCAGGCAAAGGCCUCUGCCAUUAGCUCUAUGGUGGUUGGCCUCACCUUGGCGUUUGCGUACUGCUGGCAAAUGGCGCUGAUUAUGCUCGGCUCCAUUCCCAUCAUGAUCGUGGCCAAUGCGAUCCAGAUGCUGGUGCUCCUUGGGGCGACCAAAAACGAGAACGAGGACCUGACCAUGGCACAGCAGAUCGUAACGGACUCGGUGAUGAACGCCCGCACCGUGCAGGCUUUGGGUGUGGAGAAGGCCCUGGUCGCCAUGUACGUCUCGUGGGUGGACAAGUCUGCCAAGGGCAUGUGGUGCCGCAACAUCGCCGCGGGUUUCGGCUUUGGCGUGUCCUCAGGUGUCAUGUUCUUCGUUAUGGCCGGGGGCUUCUAUGCUGCGUCGCUGCUGAUCAAGGACGGCAGCGCGGACUUCGAGGGGGUGAUGAUGGCCUUCAUGGGCGUCUUCUACGCCGGCAUGGGCGCCGGCCAGGCCGCCGUCAUGGUGGGCGAUACCGCCAAGGCGAAGGUGGCGUGCCACGACAUGUUCAAGCUUUUGGACCGGCAGAGCCUCAUCGAGGGCUUGGAGCCCAGCGGGGCCACGGAGGAGAAGCUGGACGCCGGCACCAUCGAGUUCCAGGAGGUGAGGUUCUUCUACCCCUUCCGCCCUGAGAUCCAGGUGCUGAAAGGCAUCAGCUUCAAGAUCAACGCCGGGCAAUCCGUGGGCUUGGUGGGGCCGUCUGGUGGAGGCAAGAGCACCGUCAUGUGUCUCAUCCAGCGCUUCUAUGAUCCGCAGACCGGAAAAAUCCUGAUUGGCUCGCAGCAGAAGUCCCUGGAUUCCCUCAACAUCCGGUGGUGGCGAAAGCAGAUUGGCUUUGUGGGACAAGAGCCAAUCCUGUUCAACACAAGCGUGCGGAACAACAUCCUCUAUGGCUUGGAUGAGAAUGAGACCGUCACUGAAGAGUACAUCAAGAAAUGCGAGAAGAUGUGCAACCUCGGCUUCCUCUACAAGAACCAGAACCAAGGCCUUGCCACGGAGGUGGGCCCGCGGGGAAGCCGCCUCAGCGGCGGCCAGAAGCAGCGGGUGGCCAUCUGCCGCGCGCUGAUCCGGGAUCCCAAGGUGAUGCUGCUGGACGAGGCCACCAGUGCCUUGGACACCCAGAGCGAGGCCAUCGUCCAGAAAGCGUUGGAGGCCGCACGCGAAGGUCGAACCUCCUUUGCCAUUGCCCAUCGCCUUUCAACCGUUCAAAGCUGUGAUGUGAUCUUGGUGAAUGCCGACGGGCGGGUUGUGGAGAAAGGUUCUCACAGUGAGCUCAUGGCAAUGAAGGGCGUCUACUACAAGUUGCAGAUGCAGUCCCAGAAGUGAGACCAGCCGGAAACUGGGAAGCUGGGAGACUGGGGCUGUUGCCCCAUUUUUUGGAGAGCAGGAUGGCCUGGGGAGCCCAAGUCGAAAGGCCAGUCACGGCUUCACCCGGCCUGGAUUCCUACGUGUCAUGCGAAGUUUUCGGCGCCUGGGCCGACGGCUCGCUCGGCCUUGUGUGCCCAGCAGAACGCGCCGCCUAAGGCGGCUCUUGGCUCGGUUCUGUUGUCUGGGGAAAGGACUCCGGGGCUGUGACCUCGGGC